AUGACCAUAGAUGCUGAAACCACGUCUUCGAACACUUCAUCUGAGGGUUUUGCUGUUUUUAGUCUAGAUCCUUCUCACCCUUUCUAUGUCCAUCCGUCGGAUAGUCCUGGUACUCAUUUAGUUUCUCCUCCGUUUGAUGGCACUGGUUUUGUUGCAUGGAGGAAAAGUAUGCUUGUUUCUCUGUCUGCCAAAAAUAAAUUGGGCUUCAUUAAUGGUCGGCAUGAUAAACCUUUAGUAGAUUCUCCUUAUUAUCCCUUUUGGGAAAGGUGCAAUGACAUGGUGAUCGCUUGGAUCACCAAUUCUCUCUCUAGGGAUAUUGCUACCAGUGUAUUGGGGUACGACACUACUAGGGAAAUCUGGUUAGAUAUAAAUGAAAGAUUUGGACAGUCUAAUGGAUCUAAAUUCAUCCAAAUUCAGAGGGAGAUUGGAACUAUAUCUCAAGGGACUUCAGAUAUUGCAUCUUAUUUUACUAGGUUGUGA